CUUGUGACUGUGAAGGAAAUAGUGUGUUCCUGCUGAUUAACUAAGUUUCGCAUCGGUCGCUUCGUGUGCAACCAAGCACCGAUACUCUGAAAGAUGGCCGCCCUCAACCGCAUUCAAAAAAUUGCUUCCCACCUUGACCCACCAAAGCUAUUUAAGUUCAAGGUCGCCGUACUCGGUGCUGCCGGCGGUAUUGGCCAGCCGUUGUCCAUGCUCCUCAAGAUGUCGCCGUACAUUUCCGAGCUGAGCUUGUACGAUGUGGCGAACACCCCCGGCGUCGCCGCUGACGUGUCUCAUAUGAGCACCGCCGCUCGUGUAAAGGGCUAUUUGGGACCGGACCAGCUGCCGGCAGCGCUGGCGGGUUGCCAUCUGGUGAUCAUCCCGGCCGGUGUUCCCCGCAAGCCGGGUAUGACGCGGGACGACCUGUUCAACAUCAAUGCGGGUAUUGUCCGCACCCUCGCUGAGGCGGUGGCCGCCCACUGCCCUACCGCCUGGGUGGCCAUCAUUUCCAACCCCGUCAACUCGACGGUGCCCAUUGCGGCGGAGGUGCUCCAGCGGGCAGGUGUGCUGAACCCUGCCCGGCUGUUCGGGGUCACCACUCUGGAUGUGGUUCGCGCGGAGGCCUUCAUCGCCGAAAUCGUGGGAGCUGACCCGCGGGACGUGUCCGUGCCCGUGGUGGGCGGCCACGCCGGCAUCACCAUCCUACCGCUUUUGUCGCAGGCUCGGCCGGCGCUGCCUGCCUCGAUGACUGCGGAGCAACGUAAGGCCCUGAUGGUCCGCAUCCAGGACGCUGGCACUGAGGUGGUGCAGGCUAAAGCCGGAGCCGGCUCGGCAACCUUGUCGAUGGCGUACGCCGCCGCCCGCUUUGCGGACUCGUGUUUGAGGGCCAUGUCGGGAGAGGGCCCCGUAAACGAGUACGCUUACGUGCGCUCGUCUGCCGUACCCGGCCUGCCGUACUUCUCAUCGCCCCUGCGACUGGGCCGCGGUGGUGUGGAGGAGAUUUUCCCUCUGGGUGCCGUGGACGCUAUGGAGCAGGAGAACUUUGAGGCGAUGAAGGCCGAGCUUUUGGGCUCGAUCAAGAAGGGCGAGGAGUUUGCGGCGCGCGGUCCUGCCGCUGCCAAAUAAGCUAGCAUAGCUGAAGGGUGUAAGGGUACUGAUGCUUGAGGUGAAGGUGGGAAUGGCUGUGCGCGGAUGAAAGCAUGGCCGCAUUUUGAAUGUAAAUGAUGACGAUGGCAGUUUGUUGAAACUUAUCAUGUAAGCGGGAACGGCAGGGGCUGAGCUUCCCUUUUUUUGGUGGUGCGGAUAGUGCUCCGGUGGUGCUGGUGGUGGUGUGCAGAUGCAUGCUUUUAUGGUGCCAGGUUUGCAAAGAGGCAGUAGUUGGCGGUAGUGGAGGUUCAUCCUGUCUUGUUUGGUUUUAUGUAUUUUUGUAUCGACCCACUCUCUUCCCAUUUCCCCCUUCCAGUGCAUUCGAUCUUGGAGCUUUUGCUCUUUCCGGGAACGGUCCCUCACACAACGCACGACGUUGUGUGAAUCAAUCGAUUGAUUUGUAUUGCAUGCAUUUGCAUGCAUGAUCGUAAUGUACACACAACAUUACCACUUUACUGUUUUUAUCACUAGUGGCAGGUGUGGCCAGGUGUAUCCUGAAUCCCAAUCGCUGGCGGUGUGUAAACCCCAAGUCUCCACCCAGGGCGGCUCACUGGCUGACAGGGGAAGAGGAGGUCCGUGGCCCCUGGCCGAGCCCGUGGUACGGGUAGGGGUACGGCGUGGUGGUAGGGGGUUGCUGAACUCGGUACCUCUUGACUUCUCUGUUAUCCCUGUAGUAUGCCGGUGUAUGCGGCGCGGGGUUGUGGGGGGCAGUUCAUGCUCAAUCCGUUGAUGUAGAGUUUUAUGCAAGACACUGCAUUU